AUGGCCACGCCAGACCAAACCACCGCCAUGGAAACUCAAGCCCGCCGAGAAGCCGACUACGAGCGCUUCAAGACCUACACCGCAUACACUUUUCUCGUCGCCUCCCCGAUCCUUAUUGCCCUCCCACCUCGCAAACUGGACCACCUCACGGUCCUGCUCGCCAGCGCCUUCGCCAUCUCCGCCAACCACAUAACCCGCGAACAGACUGGUCGCAGCAUCGUCGAUCGGCUUGAGGCCCGCAUCGCCCGCCCCAAUAUCAUGCGCGAGCUGCCCAGCGAGCGCGCCGAGGAAAUUCAGCGACGGUUGCGGGCAGCGCGCGAUGCGCAGAUUCGUGAUGCCCAAGCGAGUGCGUCUGGGCGGGUCAGCGAGGAGGUGGAAAAGCUCCGGGCGCGGCAAGUGCAGGAGCAGGGCGUGGCGCAGCGUGUGUGGAUGGGCGGGGAGAAGGAUGGGUGGAUGGAGGAGCGCUUGAAGAAGGAGCAGGAGGCGCUGGAUGAGGGCAAGGGGUAUGGUGAUCUGAUCUAUGAGCAUAUCUGGGAGGUGUGGAAUUGGGGCAAGAAGCAGGAAGAGGAUGAGGACUGA